AUGACACUGCCCCACUUGCUGAUGAACCACGAGCGGGGUACCCCAACUGCGGAGAAGCAGUUGGAUGGAGACCCCCCCGAUGGGCACGUCGUAAAGUGCUACAACCUCCCGGCACAUAUAUGCGGAGAAGGGAUCCUUUAUUACCUCCUGGAUGUACAGAAGAACGAUGGGUAUGAAAUUAAAAAAGUGCUCAGACCGGUGAAGGAAGAAACAAAUCUGUACCCUUGGAAAGUCAUCUGCAAUGAGAAGUUCGCCUCUUUCCUCCUGCAGAAGGAGAGGAUACAAAUAUAUGAUGACUUAAAGAGGAAUAACCGCGUUUUGGUGAGACUCCCCCGCGGGAAGGAGCCACACGGUGGGGAAGAAGCGGGCGGGGAAGAAGCGGGUGGGGAAGAAGCACGUGCAGAUGAAUUGCACAAGGGGGGGGACGACUCACUAAACUGUAUAGCCAAACGUGAGGUCGCUCCAAAAAGGGAAGAGACCAAAGGGACUAUCUUCCGGUUUGUUAAUCCUCGAAAAAACGAGGGGGAUGCAGGCGACAGUGCAAGGGGCCCCUCAUGUUAUAACAGCCAUGUGGUUUCAUCGCCUCAAAAUUAUAAUUUAAGUGAAAUAAAAAAAAUGAAUAAAGGGAUCGCUGACGCGGCGUCCAUCUCGAUGGGAAUCGGCGAGACGGCUCCACGUGGCGAUGACGCAUACGUAAGUCUCGGCCGCGAAUUUGAAAGGGGUCCCGGCCAAACUGGCAACGGCGUUGAGUACUUCCUAUAUGAGGAGUCCCUUAUUGGUGGAGAGGACAUCCGCGGUGGCGAAGGCGAAGGUGGCGGUUACUACGAUGGCGACCACGACGAUCGUGGCAGUAGUGACGACAGCGAGGGGGACCUUCUAAAUGAUGGCGACAGUGACUGGUUUGGCAGCGAGUCCAGCUGUGCGAUGGAUGGAGAGGGAGUCCCAAAGCGGAGGAGAGGGGACCCCGGGGAAGAAGCCGCGUCGACGAAAAGCCUUAGCAGCAUGAACCACAAGCGAAGGGAGGGCCAAAACAACGCAAACGAGGACUCUCAAGAGGAGGGGGAACACUACGCAGAGUCCCAUCGGAGCAGUAGCUCCAAAAAUAUAAGGCAAGUAAAAUGUGAAGAUUAUUUUGAAAGGAAGGGCUCUUUCAAAUUCGUCGGAGGUAGAAAUAACUCCAACACGUCAGACACAAAAAGUGGAAGCGAAUUGAAGAGCUUAGUGAGUUCCUCUCGAAAUGAUAAUACGAGUGUGCGCAAUGGGGAGGAAGAAGGCAUUGUGAGUAGCUCCCCAAGUUGUAGUAAAAGACACGGGAGUGUUGUGCCAUCCGAUGGGGUGAAAACUCCCCAGGGAGGAGCCACUCGGGAAAAUAAAAACAUCCUCUUAGCAGGCCAAACGGAUGAGCAUACCAAAAGGAGGAGCAGGAAAAAAUCCCCCCCCUGUGAUGCCAUCAAAGGUAUAUUAAAUGAACAGAAGGAGCUUUUAAAAAAAAUCAAAAGGAGGAAAAAAAUGAGCAGAAGAGGUGUCAACAGAAUUAAUAUUUACUUUUGCCCCGGUAGUAUGGACGAAAUAGUGAGAGACGUGCGGGAGGAGGACGCGGGGGUGAGUGUACCAACGACGGUGGAGUUCCCCCUGGAGGAGAAGAGGCAGUUCCUUUGGGAUGCCUAUGGCUGGAAGAUGCAGGAUCAUCAGCAUCGGGAUGAAGAGUUAGAGGUGCCUGGUCAUAUGGGAAAGUUGAAAGAAGGCAACCCAAAUGGGGAGAAGGAGGCAGAAACAGAGGACCCACUCGACCAGCGUUGCUACAACCCAGGGGAGCGACCUAACAGGGGAGAGGCAUCCCAGGGGGGUCGGCGCAUUGGUGAAGGUGCCUCCUCCCAUGGUGGCUUCCACGAAGAUAGCGCAAGUGUCAUCAGUGGGAGGGGCGUAGGAGGAAGUUCGCAGCGAAGCGCAGAGCAAACCGGCCAGCAAACCGAACAGCAAACCGAACAGCAAACCGAACAGCAAACGGAACAGCAAACCGAACAGCAAAGCGAACAUCGCACCCCACAGCGUAGCCCUGCCCCGUGCGAACCGAAGCGAGGCGGGUCGGCGAUAUGGCCCAGUCACCUAGGCUGGAAGGAAAUCUCCGAAGAAGUCAAAAGCAAGCUAUGCGUCGUCAUCAAAAACAAGCCAGCCGAGUGGAGCGACUACGAUUUGCGGAAGUUCAUGGAGUCCCAAUUUGCAGGCAGCAGUCACUUCCCCGUUUUCGAAGAUAUAUUUUUAACGAAGAGUUGCCCGACCAUGGCCACCGUCGCUUUUAAGGAGGAAAGGUUAAAGGAGCAUUUUUUGAAAUGCCAGAAGUUUAAGCUGCCCUCUUCGCCCAGGCGGCAUGCAAGCGAUGGCAGUCAUGGUAGUGGCAGUCAUGGUAGUGGCAACCAUGGCAGUGGCAACCAUGGCAGUGGCAACCUCGGAGGUGGCAGGCACGGAAGCUUCCUAAUCCUGCAGGAGUACAUCGCAUCCCAUAGUGGAAGCCACUUUAAUAAUGAAAAGAAACAGCCUUGCCAGAGAAACGACGGGGGAGGUUAUAACUUCCAGGCAAGAUAUAAGACGACCCAUGCAGAGGUUGCCCCUGCCCGAAUGGGGGAAUCUACGAAUGAUAACUUUUCCAGGAGCGGUAGGCCCCAAAGCCGUAACUACAAAUAUAUGUCGGACGUUCGACCAGAUGGCAGAAACGUUAGUGCGAACCACCAGUAUGAUAGGGGUGAGACGAACAGGAGGAUGAAUCAGUACGGGAAGCAUGUCUACCACUCGAGGGGGUAG